GUGUUAGUGCAUGCAUGGAGGUUAGUGUCAGCGUCUGCCCAUGCAAGAGGAACACGUAACUACACGUAGCCAGUGAAAAUAGUGAAUGUGGGUCGUUGCUCGAGCUCUGAAACCGAACAAUUCUUCAAUGUGGACUGUGAGUCGUUAUGGAGGGCGGGUCCUGGUCCCCGACCUGGCCCGACUCAGCCUCAUGCCCGCUGCCACCAGCGCCGCCUUCUCCUCCACCCCCGUGGGACAGGUGGGGAGCCCGGCUUCGGCUUUGGAGCGCUUCUCCAACCAAACCAAGCCCGAGGAGUUACGCCGAAGUCAAUGGGCUCGACCUCAGUUCCCCGUGGAGCGGCUGACUCAAAUCUUGGACCAUGACAACCACGAGAUGCGGGCCAAGUUCCGCCGCUUCAUCUCGGACCCCGUGAUGACGCCCAAAUACAACAUCUCGUUGGCCGAAGAGCGAGAAUUGGCCUUGCAAAGGCUCCAGCGCAUUUGCGAUCACGAUUUCAUCUCUGUGCUCGAUUUCUGGCACAACCCGUUGCGGGUGUUUGCGGCUCACGAGUUGGCGGCCGUUAUUGACCCGGCCAUGACCACCAAGAUGACGGUUCAAUUCAAUCUGUUUGGCGGGACGGUCUUGAAAUUGGGCACGAAGCGCCAUCAUGAUCGCUAUCUCCAAGGCAUUGACAAUCUCCAGGAUGUGGGUUGCUUCGGUUUGACCGAACUGGGCUACGGUAACAACGCCGUUGAAAUGGAGACCACGGCCGUGUAUGACGACCAGGCCCAGGAGUUUGUGAUCAACACGCCCACGCCUUUGGCUCAGAAGUACUGGAUCACCAAUGGAGCCGUGCACGCCAAACACGUGGUCGUUUUUGCUCAGUUGAUGGUGGCCGGGAAGAACGAAGGCAUUCACGGGAUCAUCGUGCCCAUCCGCGAUGAUCAGCUGCAGGUCCUUCCCAAUGUGCUCGUCGAAGACAUGGGCUAUAAGAUGGGCCUAAAUGGCGUGGACAACGCCAAGCUGACGUUCAAGAAUGUUCGAGUGCCACGCGAGAACUUACUGAAUCGAUGGUCUGAUGUCACACCUGAGGGCCAGUUCCAAUCCGAAAUUGGCAGUGGGCGAGCCCGUUUUCUAACGGUGGCUGAUCAAUUGCUCUCGGGUCGUAUUUGCAUCGCCUCCAUGUCUCUGGGUGGAGCCAAGGCCUCAUUAGCCAUCGCUUUACGGUACUCUGCGACGCGGCUCACCGUGGGCCCCACCGGCAAAUCGGAUACGCCCAUUCUGUACUACCAAUUGCAACAGAGAGCCUUGAUGCCACUUUUAGCUCAAACUGUGGCCAUCAAUUUUGGCCUGGAUUACGUCAAGGACCGCUGGGCCUUCCAAAAAGAGGAUGGAUCCGAACACGCUGAGGUGGUCACCAUGUGUUGUGCCAUCAAACCCAUUAGCUCAUGGAACCUGGAAGAAGUCGUUUCCGUGGCUCGAGAACGAUGCGGUGGACAAGGCUUUUUGUCCUGCAAUCGCUUCGGCACAUUUUUAGGAUUAGCUCAUGCGGCCAUGACGGCUGAAGGGGACAAUUCUGUUUUGAUGCAAAAAGUGGCCAAAGAGAGAUUGACCGCAUUGAGUAAAGGCCAAGAUAAACUGGAUCUGUCCACGCCGUCGAAUGCCGAUGUGAAAUACCCCGAAUACAUGCUCCAUCUGUUCAAAGUCCGGGAAAUGAAGCUGUUCGAAGAGUUGGGUCAAAAAAUGGCCAAAGCUGGCAAGGCUGGUACCUUCUCGACUUGGAUGUUGGACGAAAGUGAUUUGAUUCAGGCCGCUGCUCGAUCCUAUGGAGAUCGUCUGAUCGCUGAGCAAUUUCACAACACGCUUCAGAACCAAGAUAAUGCGGAUCUCAAGGAAAUUUUGACUCAGAUUUUUUCCUUGUACUUGUGCUCAACUUUGGAGAGGAACUUAACUCAAUUGUUGACUCUGGGAAUUAUCACCCCUGAACAGAGCGUUGGGAUCAAGGAGUUAUCCAAUGUGUUGUGUGCCGAAUUGGCCCCGCAUUCCAUGGCUAUUUGUGAUUCAUUUGCUCUCAGCAAUGAAAUGCUCUCGGCCCCGAUUGCUUUGGAUUGGGUCCAGUACAACUCAAUUGAUAACCAAGGCGAAGUUUCUCAACUGCAGUAAACAAUCCCUCCCUAUGAUUCAGUUGAUGAUGUCAAAUGUCAGUUUUCGAAGAAAUAUAUUUACCUACGAUCAUA